GGCUUGCGUGCGCCAUGACGUAGGCGGAGGGAUUACGCGCUCGUGCCCGCGCGAGCCGGCGAGCUGUUUGGAAGCGAACGAAAUUCGCGAAUGAAGUCCGACAGACAGCGGGGCAAGAACUCUCAAUGAGGGCAAAUAAAGGGACCGGAGUGGGGCAAAAUCAAGAAAGUUCCGUCAGAGAAGGUUCCAGUGUCACAGCUGUAGGUGGAGGUGGUCACUGCGGGGAGAGAGAGACAGAGAGAGGAAGAGAAGCAGAUUGUCAGUCUGACAGAUUUCAACGGUCGUUAGUUGACGCUGCGUUAAAAAGCGUAUGUUAGCCUGCUAGCAUGGCACGUAUUUUACAUUUUCACACUGAGAUAAGUUUAGUUACAGUGUUACCGCACUGUUGUGAGCUUGAUUGAUAUAGUUUUGUAUGAAUUAUAGGUGCGUAAUGCUACUUAGCGCUUAUGACAACGUACUGUCCAUUAGCGUUCGCAGCUAAAAGGCUGGCUCUCGUCGACGGGAUAGUGAGUAGUGUUGACAUUAGCUAGUAAUGAACAGUUUUACGAGCAAGACCCCUUUCAUCAGCCCGCCGCAGAGUCCUGAGAACAGAGGCUCCUCUCUUGGCAGCAGUGACUGGGACCUUGGCAAUGAUGUGUUCGUCUGCUGCUAUGACGAAUCCAUUGGCAGAGGGAUGCAAGCUGUGCAGGCGGGCGUGGAGAGACACCUGCCGCCGCUUCUGCGUAGUCGCAACCGCGCUGCGGCUACUGCGGACGGCGUGACCCCAGGCCCGGAGGAGCCUUACCCUGGUUUCCCUAGCCGGAGCUCCACUAACGCCGAUUCCGACGCAGCCGUCGCCGCCACCGCCUACCUAACCAACGCCGAUGCCUCCAAUCACCUGCUUUACAGUGAGAGUGACGGGAACGUCAGUCCACUGGAAAGCAGGAAGAGAAACCGCUCCGGAUGCGCUUCUUCCAGGCACCGUUUGGAGGUGGUCACGGAGCUCGGGCCAGAGGAGGUCCGGUGGUUUUAUAAGGAAGACAAGAAGACGUGGAAGCCUUUUGUGGGACACGAUUCUCUCAAGAUCGAGCUCAUGUACCGCAAGUUCUGUGAACUGAGUCCUGUAGAGCUCGAUCAGGAAAGCGCCUCCGCUGCUGGAAGUGAGGAAGCAGACACGACCAAUGUGCUGGGUGAGGUGGGAACAUGUGGGCCAGAGCCGGCCAUGGGGCAAAGCGAAGGGGCCUCGGUGGAGAGACCUGAAUCAGCCGAGGAAAGAGAUGAAGAUAUCAGCAUCAGUGUUGAUGCUGUGUGUGUCAGAGGAGGGCUUUAUCAGGUGGAUGUGAGGGAGAAAGAGUGUUACCCUGUGUACUGGCACCAGCAGGAUCACAUCCCAGUGAUGAGGGGCCAGUGGUUUAUAGAUGGCACAUGGACGCCCAUGGAGGAGGACGAAAGUGACCUCAUUGAGAAAGAGCACCUAACCUGUUUCCGGGGCCAACAGAUGCAGGAUAGUUUUGAGAAUGAUGUAGUGGUCAAGACAGUGGACACCAAAGAUGCUCUCUCCCACUUCCCUCCUUUCUACCUCCCCUUUCUGUUCAAAUGGAGUGGAUAUCAGACGAGUGCUAAAAGUCACAAGCGAAAGCGUUGCCAAGCUAUCCACAGCCUGAAACUGAGUCGGAGCCACGUUGACUGGCACAGCGUUGAUGAGGUGUAUCUGUACAGUGAUGCCACCACCUCAAAGAUCGCCCGCACUGUCACUCAGAAGCUAGGCUUCUCAAAAGCCUCUAGCAGUGGCACCAGACUCCAUCGUGGAUAUGUGGAAGAGGCCUCUCUGGAAGAUAAGCCACCUCAGACAACACACAUUGUCUUUGUGGUGCAUGGCAUUGGACAGAAAAUGGACAAAGAUCGCAUAAUCAAGAACACAGGCAUGUUGCGAGAGGCUGUGAGGAAAAUGGAGGAGAAACACUUCACAGAGCACACGGACGAGCAUGUUGAGUUUUUGCCAGUAGAAUGGCGGUCCAAGCUGGUGCUGGAUGGAGAUACAGUCGAUUCUAUCACCCCAGAUAAGGUGAGAGGGCUGAGAGACCUGUUGAACAGCAGUGCCAUGGACAUCAUGUACUACACCAGUCCUCUCUACAGAGAUGAGAUCACUAAAGGGCUGACCCAGGAACUCAACCGCCUGUACAGGUUGUUCUGCUCUCGGAACCCUGAGUUUGAGGAAAAGGGGGGCAAAGUGUCCAUCAUCUCCCAUUCCCUGGGCUGUGUGAUCGCAUAUGACAUUAUGACGGGCUGGGACCCUGUGCGCUUCUGCCUGCAAGAGCAGCAGGAGCCUGAUGAGGAAGAGCUGCGCUGGAUGAGCUAUGAGGAGCGGCACCUGCUGGAGCAAGUGCACCUUACCCGACAGAGGUUGCGAGAACUGGAGGAUCAGCUUCAGGGUUUGGAGGCUUCUAAACCUCUAGCCCCCCCUGCACUGAAAUUUAAGGUGGAGAACUACUUCUGCAUGGGCUCUCCUCUGGCUGUGUUCUUGGCAUUGCGAGGCAUUCGGCCCGGCAACACUGGAUAUCAGGACCACAUCAUGCCCAAAUCUAUCUGCCAGCGCCUUUUCAACAUUUUCCACCCCACAGACCCAGUGGCCUAUCGACUGGAACCUCUUGUCUUGAAGCACUAUAGCAAUAUUGCACCUGUCCAAAUACACUGGUGUAACACCACUAACCCCACACCAUAUGAUGAAAUGAAACCGACGUUUCUGAACCCAGUGAAGGACCCAGUUUCAGACACAGAGAGCCUCCCUAGCCCCAGCACGUCACCUGUAAUGACCCGGAGACACUAUGGCGAGUCCAUUACCAACCUGGGCAAGGCCAGCAUACUAGGUGCAGCCAGCAUUGGAAAAGGCAUUGGAGGAAUGUUGUUCUCCCGUUUCUCACGCUCCAGUAGCCAACCAUCAGGAGUGGAUUCUGGGCCAGUGGAAGGUGAAGAGAAGAGCCAGUCUGCAUAUGGACUGUCCACCAUGUCCCAGUCUACAUCCACCAUCAUUGACACUGCAGUGGAGAUGGAGCAUCGUAUUGACUUUGAGUUGCGAGAGGGCUUGGUCGAGAGCCGUUACUGGUCUGCGGUCACCUCUCACACAGCCUACUGGACCUCUCAUGAUGUUGCUCUGUUCCUGCUGACCUUCAUUUAUAAAUCACAGAGCUCAUCUCAGACAUCUGAAGACAAUCCUGACCCUGAGUAAUGCCGUGAUAUGUCCACUCGCAGAGCAUGGAAGCACUCAAGCACACGCCUCCUCUCACUUUGCCUCUCAUGCAAAUGCUUCUUUGUCAUACAAAGACUGAUCCCAACUCCCUCUUGCUUCAUGCAGCAAUCCUUCCUAUUAACCCAUUAACUGGGAGAAACACUAGGUGCAUGGCGUAUACUUAUAACUCUAUGAACGUUUUGUAACCGUUGCUGUGCUUUGCUCAGCUUAGGGUGGACUGGACUGUGCAGGACCAGUGUACAAGGUAUUUAUCUCUGCUACCCCUGAUCCUCAGUCCAGCUCACAAAGCUUGCGUAGCACCAGUGACACAGCUUAGUCCAAGGCCUUGUAGUUACAAAGCAGACCCUAACAGAAGCCUGGACCACACUCUCCCAUCAGUGUCUGUUCCUUUUGUCUGGUUCUGUCUACUUUUAAGUUUCAGGACACUUCAAGUUAUUGAUUUUUGAGGAGGAACAGAUAAUGUAUUCACUUAUAAGGACAGUUACAGAGCAAAUAUUCAACGCAACAUUCAGCGUAGGCAUAUUUAUUUAAACAGAUAUAUCUCCUAAAGGUUUUUUUGGAAAGUCUUCUGUGUUCUUUUUUAGAAAAGUACAUCAAGACUAAAACGUUUAUUUUUACUUUAAUAUUCCUGGAGAAUACUGGAUGUCUUUAUUCACUAACUCUGAAACCAGUUGCAAAGUGGAGAAGAAUGAACUUGCCUUGGUGUAACCCAUCAACAAAAAGCAAUGUCCUUUUUCUAUAAAGAGAUAAAUAAUAAUAAGCAUUUUUCGUAUCCGACAGAUGGUGCUGUAGUGAAACAAAAUUUACCAUGGCAUUUUCUUAAGUCCAAGUAGUGCUUAAGGUCUUGUGUAAUUCUGCUUUGCUUGGAGGUUGAAGAGGAAAUUGCUGCUGCCCUGUUUUUUGUAGCCAAAUCUGACCUGUUGCCAACUGCCUACAGUAUGUUGAGUAAUGAAUCACACCAUGUGUUGAUGAAUUAAGCCUACUGUGUGCUGGUGCAUUGUUACUUUGAAGAAUUAGAACUACUAUGUAGCUCUAAUGAGAACCCUCCCCCCUCUUUUCAUUGUACAUAAUCUUUUUAAACCGAGCCAAAUGCAGAGUGGAGUGAAAGGAACUGAUAUUUGCAGAAAUGCUUUAUGCAGUUAAAUAGUCUUUAGGUCAUGUGAGAACAUGUGUAUAGUAUAUAACUGGGUUCAGAGAUUUGUCAGUGCUUUCUCAUGUCUCUUUCCCUCAUGCUGAAAGUGUGAUAUUCAGGCACUAUUUUGUUUACAUUGAAACCCAUAGUAAUAAAAAGAGAUAUAUAUUUUAUAUCUAUUUAGUUGUUGACUGUGGGAUUGAUAGUGAUGCCCCUUCGUCAUUGUGAUACUCCACUUGGAGGCCAAACGUUUCUGCUGUCUCUAAACCUGCUGCUCAUAGAGCUAGUCUUAGUUCAUGUUAAAGCUUUUAGUCACCCAUUUUUAAGCACCUUGUGAGAUGUUAAAGUUAGAUAUGCACACAGAAAAGAAUGACCGAGGUGAUUUCACAGUAGCAGUAAAGAAUGAAAUGGAUCUAACUUUUAACAGACAUUGUCUAUUCUGUUUAGUCUGCAUUGUGUCCACAUUGUCUUUGAAAUUCCAGAGAACGUUGAGCUGUACCAUUCUUUACAUUCAUCACGGCUGACCAUCUGUUACCCUCUUGCACAGUUGUUGGAACUUUUCAAGACAAGGGCUGCAGUAUGCAUCCUAUAUGAUGUCAAUUAAGACAACACCCGUUUUGGUUUUGUCAUUGUGCGCACUUAGUUAUUAGUAAGUGUUAGUGAGGUACUAAUCCUGUGUUGAUAUGUUGAAAUGGCCAAGCUGCCUCUGAGGACCACAGAGCCAGUUCACUACUGGGAGGCUGACGUGGCUUUUCUCCCACACUGGAUGAAGCAGAGCUAUUUAUCACUCACUGUUGUUGUUGUUGUUGUUGUUGUUGUUGGCAGAUACAGAAAUUAAUGAAGGACCAGACAUUGCAUGUACUGUACUCUAUAAAUUGCACAGAACUGAUUUAAUGACCCCCUAGAUAUGCUUCGCUGUUUUUAAUAGUUUAUAAAUUGCAUUACAGUAACAUGAAGAGAAUACACUUUUGCUGAGUCACUGAGUGAUUGUUUUCCAUUUAAAUGUCAAAGUCUGUUUUGAAUGUAUUGUUCUUCUGGCCAUAUUGCUGCAAUUUCCCUCCAGACUGUACCUCAGAAUCUUUGCAUGAUCCAGUGAUACCAACUGGCUAAUGGAAAAAUUUGAAACAAUAACUUCUUUGUAGUUUCACAGUAAGCUUUUUGCAUCAAUGAUCUUUUUACCACUCUGAGCUGAGCCUACACAAAGCACAGAGCCAAAUGAUUCCUCCACACAACUGAUAUGAGCACAAUGAUGUUGGAGGCCAGCAUAAUAAGGGGUUCUGCUUCAACACAACAUCAGUAAGAUGUGCACUUGCUCUGAUGCAUGCCUGAGUUUUAGAUUAUUGGGGGAAUGAAGAUUCAUUGUCUGAUAUUUUUGAAUCCUGUGGUAUCUAGGCUACAUUUUUUUUUUUUACUUCAGUCCAUUUUAUUGUUCAUUUACCUUUUAGCAGGGCAUCUCUGAAUGUUGAAAAUCAUGUUUGUUUGUCUGAUUUGUCCAUGGUGAGACUGAUGGCUAGUCUCCUAGGUGUAGUGUUCUCCACCAUCUUCUGUACAAUUCAGUCAAAAAGUCCAGCAGGUGUCAUCCACAACUGGUUAUUGAUUAACCAGAAACACGGGAAGUGUCCCAAACGACUGUUAUUUAAAUACAAUUGAGGCAUUGAGCUUGGAAGAGAGAGCUGUGCAAUAACCCAUGCCUGUAAUGGAUUCAAACUGCCAUCCGAAUAACACUGUAUUUAUUUCAGUUUAUUAAAGCAUUACCUUUUUGAA